UAUGUUAUUAUUAUUAUCGCGCCCUCCGCUGCGCGCAGAAUGGCUAGAUUCACCCAGACUGAAGAGAGAAUACAGCAGCAGCAGCAGCAGCAGCAUCCUCAGCCUGCCCACGCCAGCCUGCUCCUCACUACUGGACCUGGGGCGGUACCGAGCCAGGCAGCGGCACCACUGCUCCUGAUCCCUCACCAGCCCCAGUACGCGCACAUCGCCUUCCCCAAGCCCAUGAACGGCACGGAGCACAUCCACUCCAUCCACUCCGACAACGGCACCAUGAAAGACCAGGAUGCCAUCAAGCUCUUCAUAGGACAGAUCCCGCGCAACCUGGAGGAGAAGGACCUCAAACCUCUUUUCGAACAGUUUGGAAAGAUCCACGAAUUGACUGUCCUUAAGGACCGCUAUACCGGCAUGCACAAAGGCUGUGCGUUCCUUACCUACUGUGCUCGUGAAUCAGCCAUCAAAGCCCAGAAUGCAUUGCACGAACAGAAGACUCUACCAGGGAUGACACGGCCUAUUCAGGUGAAACCUGCUGAUAGUGAGAGUCGAGGAGAGGACAGGAAGUUGUUUGUAGGGAUGCUGAAUAAACAACAGACAGAAGAGGAUGUGUACCGCCUUUUUGAGCCCUAUGGAGUUAUUGAAGAAUGCACAGUAUUAAGAGGCCCUGAUGGAAACAGUAAAGGUUGUGCCUUUGUAAAGUUUUCAACACACACUGAAGCUCAGUCAGCUAUCAGCGGGCUACAUGGAAGCCAGACCAUGCCUGGAGCUUCUUCCAGUUUGGUGGUAAAGUUCGCUGAUACCGAUAAAGAGAGAACCAUACGGCGCAUGCAACAGAUGGUCGGCCAGUUUGGCAUCUUCAACCCCACCGUGGCCCUGCCUUUCAGCACCUACAGUAGUACCUACAGUUCUUACACACAUGCGCUGAUGCAACAGCAGGCUGCGAUUAUGGCUGCAUCUCACGGUGGUUAUUUAGCGCCCAGCGUGGCGUUUCCUGCGACACAGAUUCACCAGGUGGGGGCACUCAGCAUGAACGGUUUGCCGCCCACCCCCAUGACACCUGUUUCAGGUUUGAGCUCUCCACCGGCAAAUCUGGCCUCCUCUGCCGUGCCAAGCAUCAUGACACCCAUAGUUAACGGAUUCAGUGGAAUUCCUCACCAACACAACGGUCACCCAGUAGAGGCGGUUUACACCAACGGCCUGCCUCCAUACUCCACCCAGAGCCCCACCACAGCAGAUACUUUACAGCAGGCCUUCACAGGCGUCCAGCAAUAUACAGCCAUAUAUCCUGCCACAACACUGACCCCUAUAGGUCAAACACUGCCACAACCAGCUCAAAUCAUCCAGCAACAACAACAGCAGAGGGAAGGUCCCGAGGGCUGUAAUCUUUUUAUCUAUCACCUACCGCAAGAGUUUGGCGAUAACGAGCUGAUGCAGAUGUUUCUUCCGUUCGGUUCCGUCAUCUCAUCAAAGGUGUUCAUGGACCGAGCCACCAAUCAGAGCAAGUGUUUCGGAUUUGUGAGCUUUGAUAACCCCGCCAGCGCUCAGGCCGCCAUCCAGUCCAUGAACGGCUUCCAGAUCGGCAUGAAACGCUUGAAAGUGCAGCUGAAACGGCCGAAGGACGCUAGCCGUCCAUACUGAUGAAAACCAGGGAUGCACACAUGCACUCUCAGCCAUCAGGAGAGGUUUUGAACAGUUGUAGUCUUGAUGUUUUGACAGAUGGAAACUUUUCUUGAAAAACCAACACACGAAACGAAAUAAAAGAACAACAACACAAAACAAACGAAGAAGCAAAACAAAGAGAAAAAAUCAAACGCAUAAGGGAGUUUUGAGAAACAUAUCGCAUUUAACUUGAGUAUGUUUCCAUGCCGAUGAAAGGUGUGCGUAACGGGACAAUGAUGAAGACGUGGAGACGAAGACAAAAACAAGCAAACAAACUAAACUUUUCUUCUCUUUUGAAAAAUGCUAUAUACCGAACAUUUUGGAAGAGCAGUGCAUUGCGGGGACUCGUAGAGUUCACAAAUGACAGACGUAGAAGCAAAAGAAUGAUCCAUGCACAUAUCAAAAGACGCUCUUCUAUGGGGACAGAUUACCGUCAGUCAUAGAUUUACUUCUGUGGAUUAAUGAGGGUUUCACAAUCAAAAUCCAAGGUAAAACCGUCAUUUGGACGGAUAUAAUUCUCUCUUUCACUCUCUCUAUAUAUAUUCCCUUCCUUUUGCAGAGCUUGUGUAUACAACACUGACGCAGAAUAAUAAUCUCUCACUCGUAGAGACCAGAGGACCAAAUCUUUUUAAUCUCUGUUGAUACCAUAACUAUGUACAAUAUUACCACAAAUUAAUGAACUUACACUACAUUCAUGCCACUUCAUGUAAUACACCAAUUAAGAGUUAGACACACAAUUAUUUCAGGGUGUAUAUUGUAGGUUUAUGGGGACUUGGGGUACGUUUUAAUGAAAACCUUUGCGAGAAACUAGUUUCCAGGUUAUAUGAGCAAAAACGUGAGUCUAAAAGAUAAAGAUAGAUUUUAGUUGGGUAUUCUAGGUUAUUGUUAUAAACUCUAAUGUGUGUUUUUAUGGGCACACUCUGAAUUGCUGUUCAUUGCCACGUCUCGCUUGAGAAAGCCGUCAGGUGGAUGUUUUACAGCGAAAAAGGGCAUUUGAUCCAAUACCAUUUAAUUCAUGCAUCAAUUCUCUAAAAGUGAAUUACCAGAGCGAAUACACAAGACAUAAAUAUUUUUUGCCAAACAACAGCUGUAAUUUUCGAGCAACACAGUUUUGCAAAGAAACAUCAAUCCAGCAACAUUUUCUUGAUCAUCACUAAAAUGUUUUUAGUGGCUGUAUUUAACAUGUUUUGAGGGAUUUCAUAAAGUCUUGAAUGUAUUGAAUUUUUAUUUAUUUAUUUAUUUUUCAUAUUAUUUUGUUACAUUGUAUCAUGUCAAUUACCUUGUGUACUGCUAACUUGCAUUUACUAACAGUGCAUUAUGUAUUAAAUCAGAGCGUGCCUUUUUAUUUUGUUUUGUUCUUGUUUUGUUUCGUUUUGUUGUUUGUUUAUUUUGUUUUGUUUUUGUGUUGUUAUUUUUUGUCUUGUUUUUUUGUUUUUGUGUUGUUUUGUAUCGUUUUGUUUUUGUAUUGUUUUUUUUGUCUUGUUUUGUUUUGUUUUGUUUAGUUUUGUUUCAUUGUUAAAUUCAAGCAUGCCAAAUAAACACCAAUUAACAAACUAAUGCAAUUCAUACAGAAUCUUUAAAAUGAUCCAACUUGCUACUUCCAUAUUCUGUGUCCUUCAAAUAUCCAAAUGUAAACAAGACUUUAUGGAAUCCUUGAAAAGAAGUUUAAAAGUGACCACAGACAGUUGGUGCACCGGUAAACGUUGCUAAAGUGGCGUUUCCAUUGUAAGAAACAGAGUUCAAGAAAACCUUUCAUUUAGAUACAGCCUAAAAUCGUGCCAUGGAUAAAUGUCAAGCUUUGAAUUUGUUUCAGUGACUUGCACUGAUAUGCUGUUUGCCAGAAGGGCCUUCUACAACAUUUAUAUUAAACAAACCAAACCAUAUUACAACAUAAAAACACAGCAGACAGAGACAUUGAUUCUCAAAAAUCUCAAUUAGCUUGAGAGACACUUUUAAGACAAUAGCUCUACUCUAUUCAUGCUUUAUUCAGGUAUUUCAUGUGUAAUUAAUUACACUUUAAUUAACUUUGUUAUUGCUCAUAGUUACACUGUAUUGUGCAUGCCUAUGUAAACGUAGUACCUAUGUAGAGCCAGGGCCACAGUUACAACCUAAACGACAGAAGAAAAUUAGAGAUGUAAUGAUGUAAAAGAACAAAUAGGUAUGUCAAAAAGAGUUUGGAGGUGAAAACAAUUACAAACAAACCAGCGAGGCCACAUCACCACCUGCAAAACAUGUUUACAUUUAUUAUAUAAGUCAACAAGAAAUUAAAAUUGAUCCUAUUUACUUUCUUAAUUCAAAAUGAUUGCGCAAUAUAUUUCAAAAGAAAAAAUGUUUGUCUUCUUAAUCUUUCAUCAAAAUAUAACUUGCUCUGCCUUUAUUUUUCAACCCCUCCCCUCCAACCACCUGGUUCCGUUCUGGUAUGGACCACCCACUUUUUAACAAUCCAAUAAAUUUUUGGCAACUAAAAUCACACCCCUCUUUACUUUUUUUUUUCUUGUUGAAUGUUCUGUUUCAAUCAGAAAUACGCCAUAUUAUGGAAGUAAAAUGGGUUGCGGACACUAUUUCAUGUUGACUUUAAUAUCAUGCUUAGUUGUUUUGAUCCAAUUAACCUGUAAAACAUUUUGGACUAAACAGAAAACCUUUUAUCUAAUAUAGCAAAAUAAUAAUAUUAAUUAUUAUUAUUAUUAUUAUUAUUUACUCUGUCAUGACCAAUUAACCGUGCAAAUGUGCAACAACAGCACAAUUUCCUCCAAUCAAAACAAGCAGUUUCAAGAUGAAUUUCCUCUUUGUGCUGUUCUACAGCUAAUAUUUUGUCAGGAAAAUGGAGAACACUUCCUCUUGAAAGAGUUUAGUUCUCUCUCUCUCUUAAUAUUCACAAAACAAAGUGGAUUUUAAGAGCUUUACAGGUCAAAAAAUACAUGAUUUUAUAUGAAUGAAGAGAUUAGCUUGAUUUUGCUGGACGGGCCACUGUAUUGAAUGCUACUAAUGUGCCAAAAU